UUUCACUCGCUAGCUCACUCUUCUAUUGCGGCUAGGGUUUCUCUAUUUCUCUCUCUACCUUAUUCUCUUUCCUCUCUCUAACUCAAUCCAAUCCCCUCUUGUUUACAGAUCUCUGUGUGUAAUUUUACCAUGGAGGACUUGUUUACUUAGGGUUUCCUAGUCGCCUUUCCAAGUAGAAUCCUCGAGUGUUUUGGGCGUUUUGCUCUUCUCCGCUGAUUUUUUCAUCUCAAAUGGCGACUUUGAACCCUUUCGAUUUGUUGGUUGACGAUGACGCCGAGGACCUUACGCAGCUGAUCGCAGCUCAGCAGCUGAAGGCCGCCGCCGCCGCCGCUCCUCCUAAGAAAUCUCAGCCUCAGCCUCUAGCCAAGCAGUCGUCUAAGCUCCCCUCCAAGCCCGUACCUCCGGCUCAGGCUGUGAGGGAGGCAAAGAAUGAAGCUGGCCGUGGAGGAGGUCGUGGUGGGGGACGCGGAUAUGGGCGUGGUCGUGGUGGAUACAGUCGGGACGCCAACAAUGAGAAUUCAUUCAGUAAUGCUGGAGGACCGGCUGGUCAAGGUGCCCCUGAAGAUGGAGAUGCUGCAAAGCCCUCUGAAAGGCGGGGAUAUGGUGGAACUCGUGGUGUUGGUUACCGCAGUGGUGGUCGUGGUGGUGGUUUCACUAAUGGGGAAGUUGGCGAUGGAGAUCGCCCUCACCGGCAAUUUGAACGCCGUAGUGGGACUGGACGCGGAAAUGAGAUCAAACGAGAGGGGUCUGGUCGUGGGAACUGGGGAAACCAGGCUGAUGAACUUGCUCAGGUGACAGAGGAAGCUGUCAAUGAGGGUGAGAAAAACUUGGGUGAUGAGAAGCCCAUUGGAGAGGGGGAAACAGUAGAUUCUAAUAAGGAGGGUGCUGCUAAUGAACCUGAAGAAAAGGAACCCAAAGAUAAGGAAAUGACUCUUGAAGAGUAUGAAAAGGUACUGGAAGAGAAGAGGAAGGCCCUGCAGGCACUCAAGGCUGAGGAAAGAAAGGUGGAUGCUAAAGCAUUUGAAUCCAUGCAGCAGCUUUCAAGCAAGAAGGAGAAUGAUGACAUCUUUAUUAAAUUGGGCUCUGAUAAAGAUAAGCGGAAAGAGGCUUUUGAGAAGGAUGAGAGAGCUAAAAAGUCUGUCAGCAUUAACGAGUUCUUGAAGCCUGCUGAAGGGGAAAGGUACUAUAGCCCAGGUGGUCGUGGUCGAGGGCGUGGCCGUGGUGCCAGAGGGUUCAGCAACAGAGAUACAAUGAGCAAUGUGGCAGCCCCUUCCAUAGAAGACCGCGGGCAGUUCCCAACCUUGGGUGGCAAAUGAGAUUUUUCAGUACCCCACAUAAGAUCUUGUUGGUUGACCAUUUUUGGGUGGAAGUUGACUACAAUAAUGUUAUUUCCUGUAUUUCAAAAAACUAUUUAAUUUUAUGCUUUAAAAUGUAUAUUUCAGGCAUUUCAUUUCCUCCCCUCCCUGUAGCCUCCUUUAAAUGGUAAUGACAUUGUUUUGCUGUUUUGAGAA